ACUAAUUUUCAAAGAAGGAAAAAAACAAAAUCUGCUUCUCUGUUAGCUCAAAGAUCAACCAUGGAAGCUACCGCCCUAAGCUCUGCGGCCACCAUCGUCUCUUCCUCAUCUUCGUCGCUAUCCAUCUUCUCUCCGAAGAAGAGAACACACUCAUCUUUUCCGAGAAUCGUCCGGCUUUCGAUGAAGGACGACAAAGAUUAUGAUCCCAAAUCCGAAUCGGAUUCAUUGAGCCUCGUUCCUCUAUUCCAAAAUCGAACUCUCUCGAAUGAUGAGGCCAUGGGAUUGGUCUUGAGCGCCGCGUCCGUCAGAGGCUGGACUACCGGUUCCGGGAUGGAGGGGCCGUCUCUUCCGGCCAAGGCCGAUGUGGAGACGGUUUCAACAUUUCCUUGGUCACUAUUCACGAAAUCGCCACGUAGGCGUAUGCGCGUCGCCUUCACUUGCAACGUUUGUGGACAGAGAACUACACGAGCCAUAAAUCCACAUGCUUACACUGACGGCACCGUCUUCGUGCAGUGCUGCGGAUGCAAUGUGUUCCAUAAGCUGGUGGAUAAUCUGAACUUGUUUCAUGAGGUGAAGUAUUAUGUGAGCUCUAGUUCCAACUACCAAGAUGCAAAGUGGGAUCUUGGGGGAUUCAAUCUCUUCCAGAUGGGCGACGAUACUGAUGAUGAUGGCGGCGUUGACGGCCACGAUGACUCCUUCCCUCUUUAAAGACGUUGGGGGCUAAUCAAUAAUUUGUGCAAACGAAUGUCAUAUGUAUAUCUCUGUAUAUAGCUAUCAUCUAGCAUGAAUAACACCUUUGAAGUAUCUCUGUUCCCAUUAAUAAUAAAGUGGUCAUAUAUAUGUCAAUGUUAAGAAUC